AUGGCGGCGAUGCUGAGGCUCCGGUCCCGGCUCCUGGCGGCCAGGCCCGGGCUCAGCCUCACCCGAGCCCCCGGCCCCCGGGGCCCAGCCCAGGCCCAGGCCCAGAGCCGCAGCCACAGCAGCAGCGAGGCCCCGCCUCAGGGCCCGGGGCUGACUGUCCGCAGCCAGGACCAGGGCAUCAGGAAAAUCACGCUGAACAACUCAAAGAAUCGGAAUGCUCUCUCGCUGGCCAUGCUGCAGUCCCUGCGAGCCGACCUCCUCCACCAAAUAGACAGCUCCGACCUGCAAGUCAUCAUCAUCGCAGCGGAGGGGCCUGUCUUCUCAUCCGGCCACGAUCUGAAGGAGCUGACGUCUGCUAAAGGCCAGAGUUUCCACUCUGAGAUUUUCAAAACCUGCUCGGAGGUGAUGAGCCUAAUACAGGACAUCCCGGUGCCGGUAAUUGCCAAGGUGGACGGUUUGGCCACGGCAGCCGGGUGCCAGCUGGUGGCCAGCUGUGACAUUGCCGUGGCGUCGGAGAGGUCCAAGUUCGCCACCCCGGGGGUCAACGUGGGGCUGUUCUGCUCCACGCCAGCCGUGGCGGUGGGCCGCUCGCUGCCGAGGAAGGUGGCCCUGGAGAUGCUGUUCACAGGAGAGUCCAUCUCAGCCCACGAGGCUCUGUUGCACGGGCUGGUGAGCCGGGUGGUGCCCAGGGAGCAGGUGGAGGCCGAGACCUUGAGGAUCGCCCACAGGAUCUGCGGGACCAGCCGGUCGGUGAUGGCGCUGGGCAAAGCCACCUUUUACCGCCAGAUGUGCCUGAGCCGGGACGAGGCGUACAGAGUGACCGCACUGGCGAUGGUGGAGAACUUGGGCCUGGAGGACGGGCAAGAGGGGAUCCGCUCCUUCCUGCAGAAACGCAAGCCGCUGUGGACGCAUUCCUUGCGGAAAGCCCGGGAAUGAGAUUCCCACGUGGGUCUCUCUCGCUCUCUCUCUCUCUCGCUCACUGCUGGGGU